CUCAAACAUCUGAAAAAACGAAAGUUAUUACACCAAAAAUAAAAACAAAAAAGAGAGAGAAUAAAAUUCCCAAACGUUCUCAAUAUUCCUUCAAGUUCCGCUUACGUCGGACCCUCAGCCUACAUAUAUACCAACAUCUCAUCACCAUUGCUCAAUACUCAGAGCUCGCUCGCUCUCUCUCUCUACUCUAUCACUCAUCAUGGCGCUCCGGAAGGCGCUUGCCAAACGUCAAUUUCACGCUAUCAGAGUCACACUAGCCCCGUCGUCGGUGGUUCUAGAGCACCAAACCAUUGUGCCUCCAAAUGCUGCCCAGGCAAAUUUCCACCGCGAGUAUCUCACCGCAACCGGUUCCGCCGGUAAAGGCUUUUUCCGGCGUUUUCUUCACCGCCGAGCGCUAAAUCAAUCGGCGAAGCUCCCGGAGUUCCUCACCAUACCAGUCGGAGAAAAGCUCCGGGAAAAGCUCAGAGGCAUCAACAUUAGCAGCGAUCGGCUCCGGAUAGCCGGUCUCAGCCCUCCGCAGCCGGAUCUUGCCACUCCCGACGACGCUCUGUACGGAAUCUCCGUCAGCGACGCGAAGAAGAUUCUGAGGCUUUCUCAGGUGGAGAAGCUAAAAGCGAAGCUGAGGGAGAUUCCGGAGAGCUCCAUUUCGUACUCGGAGUUUGUUCGGAUCUGUGUGGAAGGCUGCGAGGGUGAAGAACAAGGUGCUGAGUUUUCGAAGAUGCUGGACGAGUCUGGAAACGUCAUCGUUUUGGGAAGCGUAGUGUUUCUCAGACCGGAGCAGGUGGCAAAAUCCAUGGAGAGCAUAAUUUCACAAUCCAUGGCCAUGCCGAACGAUCCAAGGAGAAGAGAGCUCCAACAGUUGGAGACGCAAAAGAUGGUAAUUGACCAAAAAGCCCGGGCCUUGGUCCGGGGCGAGCUCUACUGUGGGCUGGGCUUUUUGUUAUUUCAAACAGUCGGUGCCAUCCGGCUUACUUUUUGGGAACUGAGUUGGGAUGUGAUGGAGCCCAUUUGCUUCUUUGUCACCUCCAUGUACUUCGCUUUGGGCUAUGGCUUUUUUCUUAGGACAUCCACGGAGCCUACUUUCCAAGGCUUCUUCCAGCGUCGUUUUGAGGCCCAGCAACAGCGCCUUAUGGAGGCUCAUAAAUUUGAUGUCCAAAAGUACAAGCAGCUCCGCAAAGUGUUUUAUCCCAAUUCGGAUCAUUCGGCGUCGUUUUCGUCGUGAUGAAGGAAUUGCUCUGCUCUUGGUGGUGCUGUACAUCGUUAAACAGAGUUGUGGGGUCCAUACCGCAGGCUUAGGUCUUGGUUUUUUUUUUUGGGGGGUCAAAAUACCGUAGGCUUAGGUUAAUACCAAAAAAAAAAAAAAACAAAGUAACCAAAUUUUAACUGGAAUCGUUUCACCAAACAAAGCCUGUUGGUUUUAAACCUUUAAGGACGGUUGGGCGAGUUUCGGCCCCGGGCCCAUGACGGAGGAACUUUGAUCGGUGGUGGUGAUGAGAAACUCGGAAUCUUGUAAAGAGGUUCAGUUCUCAUUCUUUGUGUAGAGUACAGUGAAUUGCCAUGUAAAAUAUGAAACUUUUGUUAAGUUUUUCUUACUGGCAGGCAAAUAGCAAAUUAGCAAU